AUGCAGCUUUACCACCCCAUUUUCCUAUUUUUUGGCACCACUGUAAUUGCAGAAGUAAUGAAGCUGGGUCCAUCCCCGAAGCUUCAUCAACGCUGUACGGGUAUCUCCCAGUCGCAGAAAUUCUCGGGGCUCCUCCAACCUAGCAUCAUCGUUCAAAUGGAUCCAGUUUCAUCGAUCUCAGGCAAUGAAUCUUCCAGUAUUGUCAGUGUUGUCAUUUUUGAGUUGGGGGACGAGCAUCUGGGUGGGCAUAAACCAGCGGGAAGCGAAACGAAAGAAAUUAUAUGCACGCCCCGAAAUGUGAAAAAUGGCAUUUGCCCUGCCGAACAGCUUGGGUCAUUCAUUGUUACUCCGGAAGCAUUUGCAAAUGCGAACAGCCCGAUCAUUACUCGAGCCGUCAAUCUGAGCGAACCUGAGACCCUAAUCUAUCCUGUGCAGAACCAGGGCUUUUACUGCGCCGCAACAUACGGUUAUUCCACCCGCCAAUACUCUGGAUUGAUGACGGCCCGAGACGUCGACGGACUGCUGCCCGCAUUCCAACGUCCGUGUCUCUACCUGUAUAAAUACCUCUCGGUCGCAGUCGCAGGUUGGAGUAUUAUAUAUGUCGCGAUUUGGGCAUUUUAUACAAAGCAGAGAGGCAUGACAAGUGUAUUCCUGCAUGCUCUGGUUUUCCUCUCAUUCGCGAAUGUGACCGUACGGUGGGCAAGUUAUGCCUCUCGAACGUUGCCGGAUACCACGAAUAUCCUAGGCUGGGCGAGCACUGCUUUAGACUCCUUUCAGAUUGUUACCUUAGGGUAUCUUUUAUUUGUCUUGCCACGAUCGGGGACUGAUCUAUAUUCAUGGGCCAUUGCUUCGACGCCUGCCACACCCUGGGUAGUAACAGGAGCUCUAGCAGUCCUUACGACAUGCUAUGGGGUAAAUGAACUUCAGAGAACGGCCGAAAGCCUCCCAAUUUUGACAGCCGUUCUCGGUGGUUCAAUGGCUGCUGGUCUCUCCUGGACAUCGCUACGUACCUCCAGGGAGGCGUGGCCUGUGCUGAAACAAGAUGCCGACUCGGCGAAAAGUUCGAUUCAUUCAUCCAUGUUUUGGAUCUCAGUGACGGGCGCAAUACUAUGUUUAAUAGUGACAGUUUAA